AUGGAUGAGGACAAGCGGGCAAUCCGUGCGGAGCUGUACAAUAUGAAUAUCUACUCUGGUCCUUCGGGCAAGUUCAAGGCGCACGUCGAUACUCCACGUUCACCCUACCAGAUUGGCUCCUUGGUUGUCUGUCUUCCGAUGAAGCAUGAGGGUGGCGAGCUGGCCGUGAGACAUUCUGGACAGACUCAUUCCUUCGACUGGGCCAAAAACUCCAACAACUGCGUCAUUCAGUGGGCGGCCUUCUACAGCGACUGCGAACACGAAGUGCUCGAGGUCAAGUCCGGUCACAGGGUUACACUCACAUACAACUUGUAUGCCACAGCAGGAAACGGAGAACUCGCAGGUCAAAUGUCUGCUUUCAGCCCUACUUCGCUACCACUCUAUAGCCAGAUCGUAGACUUGCUCAGCUCCAAGAAAUUCCAGUCCAAGGAUAGACUUCUGGGAGUCUACAGCACGCACGCGUAUCCUCACACCGAGAAGGAACAUGGCCUUCCGUUCUGCCUCAAGGGUCUUGACAUGGUGCUCUACAACACCUUCAAGAGCCUGGGCUUGAAAGUCCACUUGUGUGCUAUUCUCGAAAACCCGAAAGGCUUUAGCAGGCGCAAGCUUUACAAUGGGGAAUUCUCCGAUGAAGAUACAGAUACCGAGCCAACGCAGAAGAAGAUGACACUGGCGAAGAACGACAAUGGCGCCGACUCAGACUCGGGAGACGACGACACAGAAUCAGGAGACGACGACACAGACUCGGGAGACGACGACACAGACUCGGAAGACGAAGACACAGACUCGGAAGACGACGACAGUAGGAAGUACUAUACCAGAACCGUAGGAUACAUCAACCAAGCGUAUUCCACUGACGAGCUGGUUGAGGACGACGAUGACAUGAAGAGCAUCAUCAACCGGGCUAUGAGAACCGACAAGGUCAAGUUUGACGCCAGCAAGAUCGUUUGGCUGAACAAGAACAAUAGCGAGUCGAAUAUGCAGGUGUCAUAUAUGGCAUACGGCAACGAACCAUCCUCUGAGGAAAUUUACUCUUACUUUGCGAUGGUCGUUGAAAUCCCUGCUAUUGGAGUGAACGCAAGCGAUAAUGAGCGAGCGUAG